AUGCAUAUUGUGUUUGGGUGUGAAGAUGGAGGAAUAUGCAUAUUGGAGGCUCAAAGCGGUGCAUUAUUUCGUGAAUUUCUGCACGGCCAUGAAUGCCGGGUCGGAUGUGUAGCGUAUUCUCCGGACGGACGGCACAUCGUCUCGGGGUCUGGGGACGGAACAAUCCAAAUGUGGGAUGCUGAGACUGGUGACCCUAUUGGUGAACCCCUGCGCGGCCAUGAAAGGUCGGUCAUUUGUGUGACAUACUCUUCGGACGGACUGCGCUUUGUCUCUGGGUCUAAAGAUAGAACAAUUCGCAUCUGGGAUGCCGAGACCGGUGACUCUAUUGGUGAACCCCUGCGCGGCCAUGAAGGCUCGGUCUCUUGCGUGUCAUACUCUUCGGACCGAUGCCACAUUCUCUCUGCGUCUUGCGACGAUAAAACAAUCCGUAUAUGGGACACCAGAAAUGGUAAUGCCAUUGGCAAAAUUGUGCAGAAGCUUGGCACAGAAACUUCUUGCGGAGCGUUUUCUUCGGACGGACAGCACUUUGUCUCUGGGUCUGAUGACGGGGCACUAUGUAUCUGGGAUGCUCAGGGCAGUGAUCCCAUUGGCAGAACCCUGCCUGGUCAUGAAUGCUGGGUCAAUUGCGUAGUGUAUUCACCGGACGGACAGUACAUCGUCUCUAUGUCUCAAGAUGGAGCAAUCCGGAUCUGGGAUGCUCAGAGCGGUGGCUUCGUUGGUGAUCUCUCGCAUAGCGGUCAUGUAGACAAUGUCAGCUGUGUAGCAUAUUCUCCUGAUGGACUGCACAUUGUUUCAGGGUCUGACGAUAAAACGAUCCGCAUUUGGGACGCCAGGACGGGUGAUGCGAUUGGUGACCCCCUGCGCGGCCAUAAAGACUGGGUUAGUAGUGUAGCAUAUUCUCCAGAUGGAUUGCACAUUGUUUCAGGGUCUGACGAUAAAACAGUCCGCAUCUGGGAUGUCAGGAGUGGUCAGCUCAUUAGUGAGCACCUGCACGACCAUGAAGACAAUGUCACUUGUGUGGCAUAUUUCCCAGACGAUCGGCACAUUGUCUCUGGCUCUGGGAUUUGGGGGGAAACAAUUUGCAUUAGGGACGCUGUGAGCGGCAAACCUAUCGGAAGGCUACUGAGCGGUCAUGAAGACACGGUCACUUGUGUAGUGUGUUCUCCGGACGGACGGUACAUCGUCUCAGGGUCUGACGACACAACAAUUCGUAUCUGGGAUGCCAAAAGCGGUGAUCCUGUUGGUGAACCCCUACGUGGCCAUGAAGGUUGGGUCUCUAGUUUGGCGUAUUCUCCGGACGGACGGCACAUCGUCUCAGGGUCUUGGGACAAAACGAUUCGCAUUUGGGAUGCCAGGAGCGGUGACCCCAUUAGUGAACCCCUGUGCGGUCAUGAAGGGUUAAUCGACUGUGUAGCGUAUUCCCUGGACGGACUGUACAUCGUCUCGGGUUCUUCGGACAAAACGAUUCGCAUCUGGGAUGCCAGGAACGGCCACCCAGUUAGUAAACCCCUGCGCGGCCAUGGAAACUUGGUCAACCGCGUAGUAUAUUCACCCGACGGACGAUACAUCGCUUCCGGGUCCAACGACAAAACAGUCCGCAUCUGGGACCUUUUGAACUGUAUCUCAACCGCCAACUUGUGUACUACCCGGACGCUUCCGUAUGGAUUCUCUGAAGACGGUAAAUAUGUAAGCUCUGACUCUGUGAAUGGAGAUACUGUUCUAUCCCUUCUGCCUACCCCACCACAUAUUGCGAAUGACGGAUGGAUUCGCACUCUGGAAGGUGAGCUAAUAUUGUGGGUUCCUCGUAGGUAUCGGAAUAGCAUAUGCGACAUGAGCAUGCGUUGCAUACCACGCUAUGCUUCGCCCCCGAAGAUGGAUUGGCAACGAUUAUGUCACGGAAUUGCAUGGACUAAUGUAUUGAUUCGCAAAUGA